AUGGCGAAAAAAAUUUCCUCUUUGAAACCACCAACCUUUGUUGGUAGAGAAGACCCAUUACUUCUCGAAAAUUGGAUAAGAGACUUCGAAAAGAUUUUCACGGCCACGGGUACGCCUGAGGCCCAGAAAGUAGAACAAGCGACCUUCUACUUGUAUGAGGACGCUGAUACUUGGUGGGAAAGUGUAGGACCAAUCGUUAAAGCUCAAGAGAACUUUAACUGGGAAGCGUUCAAGGUAGCAAUUAAGGCUCGAUUCUUGCCCGGGCACAUUCGUAGGCAGAAAUACAAUGAGUUUAGGUUCAAUCAGAGCUAUAACAUGAGCGUACAAGAGUACGCUCAGAAAUUUAAUGAGUAUGCUCGCUUUUGCCCAACUGUAGUUCCAGAUGAGGGAACUAAGGCUCAGAAGUUUGAAGACGAACUUAAGUUUGAUCUUCAGACUCGUAUGGGAGGUCACAAGUCGGUCAACUGUCCCAAGAAGCAAGCUCAAAAUGGACCGAAUGCGAACAAGGGUAGCAAUGACAACGUUGGAGGAGCAAACAUAAUUCAAAACUUCAAUAAUAACCGCCCCAGUAGAGGAAAUGCUGCCCAAAAUGGAAAUCACAACAACUGCCCUUUUGGAAGUGGAAGUGGAAACUUCGGAAAGAAUGGCAGUGGAGGCUACACCAGUGGACGAAUCAAUGUCAUGAGCCGAGUUGAAGUUGACACCGAUGCUAACGUUGUGACUGUUAUAGCUGGUACUAAAUUACCGGCUGAUCUUAUCCUUUUUUAUCUAAAAGACUUUGACGUUAUCUUCGGAAUGGAUUGGUUAGCCAAGUAUAAAGCCAAAAUCGAGUGUCAUAACCAGAAAAUAUCUCUUAAAGAACCAAAUGGAAAUAGGAUAUCUUAUAAAGGCAUAAUCUUCCAGCCUGAUGUCAAAAUAAUCUCUGCCCUGAACCUUCAAACCUAUCUUAGAAAAGGCUACCCUGUCUACCUAUGCCAAGUAAGGGAUGUAAGCGUGCAAAACGAGGAGUUGGCUCAAAUUCCGGUAGUAAAGGAGUUUCCGGAGGUAUUUCCUGAAGAGUUACCUAAAAUGUCGCCUGUUAGGGAAGUGAACUUCACGAUCGACUUAACCCCGAGAACCGGACCUAUCUCUAAGGCUCUGUAUCGAAUGGCACCUGCAGAAAUGCAAGAAUUGAAGGUGCAGUUGGAGGAACUGUUGGGAAAAGGGGAGUUGAAUAAUGCCACGGUGAAGAAUAAAUAUCCGCUCCCGAGAAUCGAGGACUUGUUCGAUCAACUUCAAGGUGCAGCAGUAUUUUCGAGGAUUGGUUUGAGAUCGGGUUAUCACCAAUUGCGAAUUGCUAAAGAGGACAUCCCGAAAACAGCAUUUCGUACGAGAUAUGGCCAUUAUGAGUUCACAGUCAUGCCUUUUGGACUCACUAAUGCCCCAGCAGCUUUCAUGGAUCUCAUAAAUAGGACCUUCCAGCCAUACCUGGAUCAGUUCGUGAUAAUAUUCAUUGACGAUAUAUUGGUGUACUCGAGGAAUAAAGAAGAUCAUGAGGAUCAACUGAGGAAAGUAUUGGAGAUUCUUCGAGAAAAACAAUUGUACGCCAAGUUCUCAAAGUGUGAAUUUUGGUUGGAAAAAUGUAGUAAAGCUUCGUGUGGUUUUGUUAUUCGUGAUGAAAUGGGGGAGGUCAUUUUAGCUGGUGCUAAGGCUCUUGGUAGCUCCCCCUCUAUUCUUCAAGCUGAGGCUUGGGGUCUCAGAGAAGGAAUAAGGGUUGCAUUAGGCAAAGGCGUUUCCGAGGUCAUUAUAGAAGGUGAUAACUUGGCGGUUAUUAAUUCUCUCAGGAAGUCUUGGCGUAUCCCUUGA